GUUUGUGCGCCAAAGACGAGUAGUGAACAAAGACUCCACCGUGAAUAGGAAGUGAGCGAGCAUUAAAACGCUACCCAACACAGACUCAUCGCAGGCCUUCUAGUACCUUGUGUCGUCUCCCCUCGUAUCGCCAUGGCAGAUAACCUACAGUCAACGCAGAGGUCGCCGCCCCAAGAGAGGAAUGGUUUCCUACGCGUCACUCCAGCACUCGACAGACCACAAUCGUCUGGCUCGCAGGUCCCGAUGAAAACUAUAAAACGACCGUUUGGGGACGGCGAAACAACCGGCGAGCCCCUCAUCAAACGCUCUCGCACAGAUCAGAACGGCGACAGAAAUCAUCCCCAGGAACGAAAGCCGAGGACCCUAGACGCAGCAAUGUUGAAUGAUAAACUCGGCCCGGCCGACCAGAAAACUUUAGAAGAAGUCAAGGCACGGAUAGCAUCAGCAACGCCAUCAAAGCCUUCUGGUGAGUACAUUACGCAUCGCUCUUCACGUCACACAGAGUCGGUAAAGCCCGUGGUCACCACAAAACCUACUGUACCAAAGUCGUUGAGAGACGCACCUCCGCUUCCUCCAGAUACCGAGCCUGAUCGUGAUUCUCCCGAGGAUUCAGGAUACGACAGACGUGAUCACAUGCGUACCGGACCGUGCUCUGUCGCAGGAGGCUUCAUGGAUGAUAGGCGUUCAUCUUUCUCCCCUUUGAUUGAACAUCAAGAACGCAUUGACAGGCUUGAUCCGGGACGAAACAAACCCAUGCCGGAGUCUCGGAAUCGACGUCGUUCCGCGUCGUCUGACGAGAGGCUCCCUGGAAAGAGGAUGCGUGGUCAGGAGCGGCAUGAGCAAGGCCAUCACAGGGCGAGAUUCCGUGAACGCGCGAUGCGACAUCAUGAUCGCACGAAUAGUUGCCAUAUACGUUCGAGGAGCCGAAGUAGAUCACUAUCGCGAGAACAAAACGAUGAUCGGUAUAGGGGAGAUUAUGCAUCUAAACCAGAGCGACAUUCACCACGGCGGCGGGAUGAAAUUCUUCCCGAUCUCGAGGAGGAUAACCACCACGCCGCCCCACGAUACCAUCCGUCAAGGACUCAGCUACCACGCGGUUCAACGCCACCGCUACGGCUUCAGGGAAGACAAAGCCGUGCGAUUUCGCCCCGGGAGCAGAUGAGAGAGCGGCUAGCUGGAUCACGAAGCAGAGAGACGUCGCAAACUCCAGAGCAAGACCACACCCACGUUGAGCCUUGGUCACAGUUUGAGUCAGCAGAUCCACCGCCCGAUCCUCAUGAAAGCCUGGGUGUCAAUCCGGGCGAGUAUACUGAAGAACAAGAACUAUCACUUUUCGGAAUUUUGAUCUCCAUUUAUACGAACAGAGAGAAGAUUGCAGAGCUUACUCUCAAUCAAAAGAGGCUGCAGUAUGAGCUUGAUAAUAGGAGGACUGCACUGAGAAAGCGGCGGAGCAGAGAGCAACGAGAUGAUCUUUAGAUCUCCUCGCGUGCAGUUGUAGAUCAAGCUUGGGGUGUGUGUACAAGUUUGGAG